ACAAUUUUUCAAAAAAUUGACCGUUUAUGAACCGUUUGAAUAGCAUUAAAGUUAUCCUUUGACUCUCCAAAUGGAUCUCAAGCCUCUUCAACUAUAUAAUGGUGAUCUCUAUUCAUUUUAUACUCACUCAAACCACAUUCUCAUCAUAUAUUCAUCAUCUAUCAUCCUUUUCUUAAUUUUUAGCCAAAAUUCCUGCAAAUCUCCUUUGCUCUCUCCUCUCUCUUGUUGACAUGGCAGGAGGUCAAAGAAAACGAUCGCGCACUGGAAAGAACGUCGCUUCCUCCUCGGCUCCUCCUCCACCACCGGCGCACAAGUACCUCAAUGGGUCGUUUCUUUGGUUCAAUGACCGCGCAGAGGCGACGCGGUUCUCGGAGAAGUUUCUGCACCGGGAAAUUCUCCCUCCCCGGUUCUCCACCGCCCGCUUCAUUCACGAUUCCAUUCCACGAGAGGCACGGAUUAUCCUCGAACGUGGAAACUUCCUCGACCUCCUCUACAUCAAAAAGGUUCACUAUCAACAUUUUCUCGUUCGAGCUUUCUACUUGAAUUUGACAAAGGAUGAGGACGGAGCGUUGAUUUCAAACGUCAACGGAGUGGAUAUCUAUUUGAAUGAGGAGAACAUUCAAAUACUCACCGGGCUUCGUCGGAAUGGAGAGGAUCUCGGUCUCUACGUCGGAGAGGGAGGGGCACAGUUCAACGAAACCACCCUCUUGGAGGAAGUGGGAAUCCGAAACUUCGCCCCCACUCCCCAACAGCGGCGCCCGACGAUUACUUCCAUGAAUCCCAUGUUUCGAUUCAUAUUUUAUGUUUUGACACGAAUCCUCAAGCCAAGGAAGUACAAUCACACCGCUCUCUCCCAAGAGGACACAAAAACGCUUCAUGCGAUGAUUCACAACGCCAACAUUAACUGGUGUAAAUUUGUGAUGACUCACAUGUUUAGCGCCACCUCCGACGAUCGGCCGCUCCCCUACGCCCUCCUCGUCAUGGCGAUUCUUGAUGAGUAUAACAUCAAGACUGACGUUGGGCCGAAGAUAAAAGGGACAAAGCAUUGGGAGAUUGAUGAAUCCUCCUUCCACCCAGGCACCGACGAAACUCCAUUUCGACAGCCUCGUCCACGACACCAACCAACGGAUACUUCUUCAAACACCCCAUCUCUAGCCGAGCAAAUGGCCGCCUUGACCGCCACUCUUUCUCGAAUAGACACCAAUGUCUCCCAAACGGCCUAAAACGUCAACAUUUUGAGCCGUGAGCUUCACGGGUAU